UAGUUACCUUAAAAUCCGCGAGAUGGCAAGCGGCACGGUAUUACUAUUUUUAGGAUUUUUAAUUUCAGUUUUCAGAAAGGCCGGAUGGGCCGAAUGGCCAUUGGCUAGGCAUGCUUUCUGUUUACAUUUUUUCUUGCAAUUAAAAAAAUUAAUAUCAGAAGGGUUACCUCUCUGUGAGGAUCGGUGCGGAUAAUUUGUAAUGGUGCUGUCUGCAUGGGAGCUCACGGAAAAGACAGAAAUGUGUUCUGAUUUAACUGAAAGGGUGCUUUUGUAUUUGGAUGGACAUGAAAGAGUAGAUACAUUACACUUAGCAGUACUAUUCAGAGUAGAUCACCAGAAGGUUAUUGGAGCUGUGAAAAGUUUGCAAGCUGUUGGUGAUUUGGUAAGCGUGGAACAGAUGGUACACAAGGAAUGGAAACUCACAGAUGAGGGGAGGAAGGUUGCAGAAAACGGUAGCCAUGAAGCAAUUGUCUACAAAGCUGUUCCUCUUCAGGGAAUUUUACUGUCUGACCUCACAAAUAACGUGCCAGAUCUUAAAAUUGGAUUCAGUAAGGCUAUGUCAUAUGGAUGGAUUAAGGUGACAAAGCAAGGGAAAGAUUCUUUGGUGACUCGUAAGGUAGAGUCCAUUACAGAUGUAGUACAGGAGCAUCUCAGGGACAUUCUGACUGACAAUUCUAGUCAAGUUGAUGAUGAACACAAGCAAGUAUACUGCAAAAGGAAGUUGCUGCAAGAACUGACAAUCAGAAGCUAUCAGUUAACAAAAGGUAAAGACUUCACCAUAUCUGUGGAGAAAGCACAGUCAGACCUGACGGUGGAAAUGGUAGCUAGCGGCUCAUGGCGAGAAGAGAAAUUUAAACCAUAUAAUUUAGAUGCCUUGGGUGCUCCACUUAAUUGUGGACAUCUCCAUCCACUCCUUAGGUUACGAGCUGAAUUUCGCCAGAUCUUUCUGGAAAUGGGAUUCACUGAGAUGCCAACAAAUAACUACAUUGAGAACUCAUUCUGGAAUUUUGAUGCUCUCUUUCAACCUCAGCAGCACCCAGCACGUGAUGCACAUGACACAUUUUUCAUCUCAAAUCCUCAAAUCAGCUCCCACUUCCCACCUGAGUACUUGCAGAAGGUAAAGCAGGUUCAUAGUAAGGGAGGAUAUGGGUCGCAAGGAUAUGGGUGUGAUUGGAAGAUAGAGGAAGCUCAGAAGAACCUUCUCAGAACUCACACUACUGCUGUGAGUGCACGCAUGUUAUAUCUGCUUGCAAAGGAGGGAUUUAAACCUUCAAAGUACUUCAGCAUUGAUAGGGUGUUCCGUAAUGAGACUCUUGAUGCUACACAUCUUGCUGAGUUUCAUCAGGUGGAAGGGGUCAUUGCUGAUUAUAGCUUAACUUUGGGUGACCUCAUAGGAACUCUAUAUGAAUUCUUCAACAAAUUGGGCAUUACUAAACUUCAGUUCAAGCCAGCAUACAAUCCAUACACAGAGCCCAGCAUGGAGGUGUUCUGUUAUCAUGCAGGUCUGGGAAAAUGGAUUGAGGUUGGCAAUUCUGGUAUCUUCCGACCAGAAAUGCUUCUGCCAAUGGGCCUUCCAGAAGAUGUCAAUGUUAUUGCAUGGGGACUUUCUCUAGAACGCCCAACUAUGAUCAAGUAUGGAUUGAACAACAUCCGUGACCUUGUUGGGGCAAAAAUCGAUCUACAGAUGGUUCAUAAUAGUCCAUUAUGUCGGCUUGAGAAAAAUGGUACAUUGGGAACAGAUGUUAUACAAAUGUUGGAGCAACGCUGGACUUCCAUUCUUUCACAGUUACAAGCUCUCCAUACAGAACUUCAAGAAUUACAGAUCAGUUCUGACAAACUUCCAGGACCAAGUGACAAGAAUAUAGAAUUUGUGAUUCUCUCAGAUCCUAAUCAUCCUCCAUAUUCUGUCAUCAUUCUCUUGAAAGUUCUCACAGGCAGAUACAAAAUUGAAAUAUUAUCUCAUGUUCAUUCUUCUAUUUCUCUUGUACCUUCUGAAUUGCAGUCUUUCUUGAAUGGUCUUUUAAAUAGCAGCAGUGGAAGCAGGUGUAUAAAAGUAACAUUGAUAUGGAAGAAAGUGGGGAAGGAUCCCUUGUUAAUUCAGUGUCCUAUGAAUAACGGUACCAUAGCAGGAGAAGUGAAUAUUUCAAGGUACCUGAAUCGUUUGCUUGAACAAAGGCCAAAUCCUGUUCUGGUAUAUGAAAGUAAGGGAGAAUUUUAUGCAGGCCAAGUGGAUAUGUGGUUGGACUCUAUUUACAAGUCAGUAACUCAUGGAAGUAAAGACAUGCAUUUGGACAUCAUGCCCUCAAUUUCUGCUGUUCUUGUUAAACAGGAUUGGUUGAUUCACUCUGUGUCUAUUGCGGAUAUUUGCUUUUGGUCUUCUUUGAAACAGAAUCCUUGUUUAAUCAACUUCAAUUCUAAUCUGAAGAAAUGGUUUGAAAAAUGUCAACAUAUUUGGUUCACAUAAUUUAUAUACAUUUAAAUUGAACUUUGAGUGGGCCAUUUGGUUUUGUAGCGCUCACUUCAAAGCUUCUUCUCUAACAGAGGUUUAAUUUUAUUUCCUUUGUUCAUGGACAUUGAGUGUUGUUAUUAAAUAUUGUUGGUAUUAAGUUUCAGAAGUAACUUGAACUCUUAGAUAAGGUACAAAUAAUACAGUGUAAUGCUAUUAACCAGUUAAAUGUAUAUAUUUCAUGUUAUUAUCACUCCUGCAGUGGGACAUUAAAAUUCUCUGGACAUUUAAA